AAAGUAGAUGAUGUCAAAAAGUGCCCCUUUCACUAUUUCUCAUCUUUUCUUUAUAAUUUUUCUGUUUGUCCCCUUCAUAUCCUCCGCACCCGGCGCAAUUUAGCCAUAUCUCCUGCUUAAAAUCUCUCACAAGUCCCAAUCCACUUAAAACUUUCCUCCAACAUCAUAUCCUUCUUUGCCUCUUUGAAGUUAACUUCACUAUCCUCUUUCCCCUUUUCAUUUCUUGAUAACUUAUCUCCAAACCCAAUCAACAUGGCACACAAUACCUCCAACAGGCGCAUUUUAGCAGUUCCAGAACAUAAGCCUAAAACUUCCAUUUCUAUGGAUCCCACUCUAAAAAAACAACCUAAACCCACCCCCUCUAACACUAUAGACAACAUAUCCAACAAAUUUUCCCACCUAUAUGCAAAUCAAAAAAUCCUUAAAUCUAACUCAAAAGACUCUUAUGGGCAUUCAUCAAAUUCACUUUACAACCAUUUAAAGACCAAAUCUUGGACUGAUUCACAUGUUCUUGAUUCUUCAUGUACAGCUUUUACCAAGUCAAACAGUCAACAUGGUAGCUCUACUAUGGUCAAGGUAAAAAAAUAUGUACCCCACAAGGGAAAAGAGUUUGACAAAGAGGUGGAUGUUAAAAGGGCAUUUGUAAAUUUGUCUAAGAGUCAAGAAUUUGAAAGGUUUAAAGGAUUUGAUGAGAUAAAAAAGCAAUCUUUAUCAGUACCAUUAUUCAAGAAUGGUGGAAGAAGGAAAUCAUUUUGCAGUUCAAAAAUAGAGUUGGCUGAUUUCUUUUCUUGUAGUGGUGUGAAAGUUGUGGCUGUGGAUAUGCCACCAUUUAUGCAGAUUCAUGCUGUGAAUUGUGCAAGAAAGACUCAUGAUAGCUUGGAAAAGUUCACAUCUAAAGCUCUUGCUCUUACCCUCAAAAAGGAGUUUGAUGGGGUCUAUGGACCAGCAUGGCACUGUAUAGUAGGGUCCAGUUUUGGUUCUUUUGUAACGCAUUCUGUUGGUGGUUUCAUGUAUUUUUCUAUGGAUCACAAGAUAUAUGUACUCCUCUUCAAGACUACUGUACAAAAAGCAGAAUCUAGUUGAAAAUCUUGAGAUGAAA